UCCCCUCCCGCGGCCGCCCUCUGAUUGGCUGAGAGCCCCCCCGGGGGGGGGGCCACCCGGGAUCCUCCCGGCUCCGAGAUAUUAUAGAGAUGCCUCGAGGCGCCCUUUGCCUCCCCUGACCCGGCGGCUGGCGCGGAGCAAGCCGGUGCGCGGCGACCCGGACAGAUGUGGAGGAUGAGCGAUCGAAAUGGCGGGAGACGGCUACGGCAAUGGCUGAUUGAGCAAAUUGAUAGUGGGAUGUAUCCGGGCCUGAUCUGGGAGAAUGAAGAGAAGACCAUGUUCCGUAUCCCGUGGAAACAUGCUGGGAAGCAGGAUUACAACCAGGAAGUGGAUGCGUCUAUAUUCAAGGCAUGGGCAGUGUUCAAAGGAAAAUUCAAGGAAGGGGACAAGGCCGAGCCGGCCACGUGGAAGACGAGGCUCCGCUGUGCCCUGAACAAGAGCCCUGACUUUGAAGAGGUGACUGACAGGUCCCAGCUGGACAUAUCAGAGCCGUACAAGGUCUACCGGAUUGUUCCGGAAGACGAACAGAAAUGCAAAAUGGGGGUGGGCAAUGGAUGCGGCUUGAGCGAAAUCACAGACAUGGACUGUUCUGCUUCAACAAUAGACGACCUGAUGAAAGAGCCUGCCACAGUGGAUGAAUGCCUUCAUGCAAUAAAAAGGAGCCCUUCGCCACUGCCGGACUCUGGCAGAAACCCCCCAGUUCCUGACUGGUGGACACACCAGCCCAGUCCCGUUUUGUCUCUGAUGAAUGGAUUUGCUGGUUACGAGCCACUUCAUGCAGGCUAUUCCCAGAUGGUGAUCAGCUUCUAUUAUGGAGGGAAGCUAAUGGGAAGUACGACGACCUCCCGUCCCGAAGGCUGCCGAAUCUCCCUUGGAGAGCUGCCGUAUGGCCUGGAAAGCUUGGAGCACGUGCGGUUCCCGUCAGCAGAGAGCAUCCCAAAUGACCGUCAGCGGCAGGUCACCAAGAAGCUCUUUGGGCACCUGGAGCGGGGCGUCCUUUUGCAUUGCAACAAGCAGGGUGUCUUCAUCAAGAGGCUGUGCCAGGGCAGGGUCUUCUGGAGCGGGAACACCAUGCUCUUCAAGGACCGGCCGAACAAGCUCGACCGGGAUGAAGUGGUCAAGAUCUUCGACACAAACUACUUUCUGAGAGAACUCCAGCAGUAUUAUAACAACCAAGGCCGCUUCCCUAACAGCAAAAUCAUUCUAUGUUUUGGGGAGGAGUUUCCAGACGCCGCCCUCUCACGCUUCAAGCUGAUCCUUGUUGAGAUUGAACAGCUGAGCAUCCGGCAGUUGGUGGAGAAUGCGGGCAAGACAGACAGCAGCCCCCCAAUGCUUCCCAUGGCAGAGGAAGUCCACUAUGACCAGAUGUACAGAAACUUCCAGGAUUCUUGUGGGCCACACCAAAGACCAAUCUUCAGGGGAAACCAACAGAUCACUGUCUAAGACUCCUCUCUAUUUUUUAAAACUUUUAAAGAAAGGAUUCAGUUUAGAUCUAUUUUUGUAUGGUCACCUAUGCUGAACUCCCUCUGGGGAAACUGCUCUAGUUUUGCCUGUAGGUGUGCUCGGAGUAUGUACUUUAAUUCUGAACAGAAAACAGACCAAUAGCUAUAAACACCAAAUGCACCUGUUACACCUUUCUUAGGUCUUACUGACACUACAGCAUUCACCAAGAGCAACUUUAAACCAGGCUCAAGUUAGAAUUGCAUCUUAACUGGAUCCCUUAAAGUGAUGUCCCCCCCUCCCCCGCCUUUUGUUGCAAAGCAGGGUAUUUGUAGGGUCUGUUAUGGGUGGUUUGGCUGAUAGAGGAAGGGUGGCUGACGCUCUAAGCAGCAUGAAAUCUUCAUUUUGAGCAUGGUUUUCAACAUCUAUGAAAUGCCAUAUGCAUUUGCCUCAAGGAAUGUAUUGCCUCUCGUCGAUCAGUGUUGGUACCGCAGAUCAAUUCGUGAGCAUGUGCUCCAUAAACAUUCAAGGCAUGCUCCAAACUAGUGGACUGCUUCAGCCACAGAGAAGAUCUGCAAGGAUAGGUUGCCCUGCAUGUCUCUGAAGGGCUGGUUGGCAUGCACAUCAGUUGCCAGAUUUCUAUGCAAAUGGGUGAUUAGCAGCUAAAUUAGUGAAUUGACUCCACUGAGUGUGAUGCUUAAGUUUAGGCUGCGGCAUUCUAUCUGCAAGAUCUAUAUGCUCACCUGAGUCAUCGGUUGGUGUUGCGCUCAUCCAGUAAUGAAUAUGCAUGGGUGAACUAGCCCUAACUGACAUUAACCAAGAUAUCUGUUUUGCUAUGUAUGUUUUCAAAACUGGUUAGGGAAAGUUUACUGCAGGAAACAGGCCCUUAGAGGUGAAUUAACCCUGAAAAGGUGAGACUUUUGUGAAGGCUGAUUGCCGGGUGGUUUCCCACAUUGUUAUGAAACCACAUUGUAUAUAUUGUAUUUUUGCAUCAUGUUUCUGCAAAGUUUUAUUUGCUUUUUAUUGCCAAAUUCUUUUGUGGGUAAGCGGGUGGGGUUGAUUAAAGCUCUAUGCUGUUUGAAAAGAGAUCCUGGAAUAAUAAAGUUGUCUUAUAAGCUCAGACCUUUGGUCCACCUUGCCUGUGUUGUCUAUUACUUGGCAACAGCCCUUUAUGGUUUUGCUGCCCAAUAGCCCUGUCUAGGUGGAGCUGCUGGGGAUUAAAACCAGGCUCUGGCAUAUGAAAUGUGCACUCAGCCACUGAGCUAUGGGUCCUCCCCAUUUUUUAAAAUAAAAAAUGUUUAAAGAAUGAAGUGUAUUUCUUUCCUUCAUGUAAAAUUCUGGCCUGUAUCCUCAUGCGUUGAGUAUACAAGGUUAGAGUGUGUAUAAGCUGUACUAACCUAAGUCUGGCCUGCUUUUUGUAUAUUUGUGUUUUGUGUACAUCAGCAGUAUUGCAGAUGCAUAAAAUGUUAGAAAUGUGGCAUUAUGUGCAUUUGUCUGUUUACUGGGAGGUAAACUCUUGCAUUGGUCCAGCGCCUCCUUACACAUGUGUGAACUUCAAUGUGCACACACACACACAAUGUGCUCCAGUCUAUGCACGGCUUUCCCUGUUCUCUUUAGAUAGCUGCUCUGCACAUGGAUGCAGAAGGAAAUGGGGAAAUUGUACUCAGAGGAGUCACCACACAUGCACUGGAAUGCGCACAGAGCUUUGGAUCAUGCGUGCGCCUCUUGUAGACUAAGUAUUUAUUUUAACCACUUGUUGAAAAUGUUUUGUUUAUUUUUCCAAAAUUGUAAUUGCAAAUAAAAAACUUUGUAUCUCUUGUUUCUACCUUCUAAUGGGAAAAAUAA